AAUACAGAUUAUUUUGGAUUAUAUUAAUUUGAACUAUUUUGAACUAGAGUUACCCUCAUUUCAGUUUCGUGGUUUUACUGCGCCUUCCAGUGUUUUGUGCUCGGCAGUCACAGUAGUUAAUAACUGUGACUAUUUACUGUGGCUUAUUAUGUAAAAGUUAUACAAAAUCAUACUCAAUUUACCUCGUUAAAAUCUGUCUAUUGAAAAAAUGGAAGUGUCCCAUUCCUUGACUCUAAACGAAACAGCAUUGCAGCAGCUGCCAGAUGAUAAAAAGCCACAUUUCAUAUUUGAAUGGCUACGGUUCCUUGACAAGGUGUUGGUUGCAGCACACAAGAAUGAUAUUAAAGCUUGCCAACAAAAACUUGUUGCCCAAUUAGUUAAUCUUCUACGUGAAUCCCUUGGUGCACCUGCUAGAAAACUGCUUGCCCGGAAUUUAGCCAUACUCUUCUCUGUCGGGGAUACCUUCCUUUUAUUUGAUACAGUAAAUAAGUGCAAUGACAUCAUCAAAGUGAAGGAUGACUCGCCUUCAUACAUGCCGACUAGAUUGGCUGCAAUAUGCUGCCUUGGUAGUAUGUAUGAAAAGCUAGGUAGAAUGAUGGGAAGAUCACAUGAAGAAACUGUUACUACUCUGGUCAGGUCCUUAAAGAGUGCAGAAUCGCAAACCAGGCUUGAAAUCAUGAAUACACUGGAAAAGAUCUGUGUGGGGAUAGGAUCUGCUGCUCCAGCGGCAGUGAGAGAAGUAUCUCGUGCUGCUCGUACAGCAUUGAUGUCAGAUCGGUCUGCAGCAGUGAGAGCUGCGGCAGCACACACCCUGACUAACUUGUUGCCACUAAUGAGACUGACACCAGCGGAUCUUGAUGCUAUAGCUGCUGCUUGUCUCCGUGCCGCCAAUCCCAGUGAUUAUAUUUUAAGAUGUGCAAUUGCGGAACUUUUGGGAUCUCUAAUAGCAACAACACAAGCUGCUGAAGUGACGAAUAACAACAAGUUUAAAGUUGGCUUACAACCAGUGCAACAAAAUAAGAAGGAUCCUCCUAAAAAUGUAGUGUCAUUAGACGAAGCUCUGAACUUAUUGAUGGGCGCUUUUCUAAGAGGGGGCACGUCGUUCCUAAAGGGUGAAAUUAUUAAAUCUGGUUCCGGUGUCAACAGGGAAGUUAGAGUAUGUGUUACAAAUGCAUAUGUCGUGUUCGUGCAGAACAUGGGAGGAGUUUGGUUGGAACGUAACAUAACUACGUUUUUAGCUCACGUAUUGGAUUUGGUGGCUAAUCCUAAAGCAGCUAGUUCUCAUGUCGACGCGGUUUAUUCAAGAAAGUGCAUUAGUUAUAUUCUGCGCAACACUCUCGGCAAGAUGCUAGGGGAGAAAGCACAAGCGUCGGCGUGUCGGGAGAUCAUACAGAUUGUAGUCAAACAAAUGAACAGCAUCGACUUUAAUCCGGAAAACGCGAAGGAUUGUAAUCAGGAAACUUUGUUUAGUCAGCACCUUUUAGUGUGUGCUCUAAUGGAAGCGGGAGAAUUGGCCUUGCAGCUCGGUACUUCAAUUCAGAAUCUCAUAUCAGAUACAUCAUUGAAUAUGGUUGAAGCUAUAUGUAGUGUGUUGGAGCACCCGUGCGUGGCGGCGCGGCUGGCGGCGGCGCGCUGCGUGCGCUGCGUGUGCGUGGCGCUGCCGUCGCGCGCCGCGCCGCUGCUCGACGCGUGUCUGGACGCACUGGACGCGCCCACGCCCACGCCGCAUCGCGUGCACGGUUAUUCGGCGGCACUGGCAGCCAUACUAGGCGCAGUGCGUCUGUCCCCCCUGGGCGUGCCGCACGGUCGCGGCAAAAUCGCCUUUAAUGCCGCCGAGCAGUUGCUGCGUUCGGCUGGACAGAGCAGCAGGCUGACGGCCGCCAGAACUAAUGCUGGCUGGCUUAUUGUCGGCGCCAUUUGUACAUUAGGGGUUCCGGUGGUGCGAGGUCUCCUACCCCGAAUGUUGCUGUUGUGGCGCAACAGCUUCCCGAGGUCCGCCAAGGAAUUGGAAUCGGAAAAAUCAAGAGGAGACGCGUUCACUUGGCAGGUGACAUUGGAGGGUCGUGCCGGCGCGUUGUCGGCGCUACACAGCCUGUUGAUCCAUUGUCCGUCGUUGGUCAACAGCGACGACACAGCCAAACGUUUGACGCAGCCCAUCGACGGUGCUAUCGCUGUGCUCACCAAUGUGAACAGCGUGGUCCGCAGUUACGGCGGCGCACUGAAGGCCCCGGCGGCGUUGUUGCGGCUGCGACUGUACCAGGCGUGCGGGGCGCUGGGCGGCGCCGGGCCCUCCGCCGCGCCGCUGCUACGACUCCUCGCCGCCGAGGUCGCCGGCGCCGCUGAUCCGAGCGGGGCUAAUGUCGCUACCGGUAUGCUAAGGAAUGCCAUGCAUCCACGUGACGUCAUACUUCUUGGCGAAGAGGGUUGGAUUUAUGAAACCGAUCAUGCAGAAAUUGAGGAACAACUCGUAUCACCACUGAGUGCAAGUGGAUCAGGAGCAUUAGAACACGAUCCGUGUUGUCUGUACCGCGGCACUACGGGUGCGCAACCACUGGGCGUCGCGGUUAUAGACGCGUCCGUCGUACUGUUCCCGCAAGUAUUCGCAAGAGCCGCUAAUAAACACAGACAACAAAUGCUAGAACACUUCGCGGAAUGCAUUAAGAUGUCUAAGGGUGGUCGCCAGGAAGCAAUACAAGUGAAUGUGUAUACAGCUCUAUUAUUGGCUCUACGUACUUUAGCAGAGACUAAGACUUCUUUAGGACAAGAUCCCGUGAAGAAUAUUGCCACAGAGUUGAUUAUUAACGGUCUAUCGGCGAACAGCGCCUCAGUACGAGCAGCUGCGGCUUCGUGUGCGGGUCGACUCUGCGGCUGCAUCACUGAAGCGGAAAGCCAAGCUCUGAGCGAGAAAGUGAUAGCUUUAGCACGUACAGCCGCCAAUCGAUCAGUGCGGGCGGCUGCUGCAGCCGCUGCCGGCGCUGUACUCCGGGCUCGAGGCACCGCUUCAAGUGCUACAGCGUUGCCUGUGCUGAGAGCACUCGCGCAGGAUGCAUCUUCUGUCGAGCUUCAGGUGUGGUCAGUACACGCAUUGUCGGUGCUGGCGGACGCUUCGGGGCCGAUGUUCCGAGCGCACGUCGAGUGGACGCUAGCGCUGGCGCUGAGGCUGAUAUUCGCCGCUCCGCCUUACCAUCACCUACUCCUGCGCACCGUCGCCAGGCUGCUCGCCGCGCUCAUUACUGUGCUCGGACCCGAGUUGCAAGUGGUAGCCGUGAGUCGAUUCGUUUGCGCGUGCUCGGCGCUGCUGGAGGGCGGCGGCGGCGGCGCGCGCGCUGAGGCCAUCGGCUGUCUCCAGCAGCUGCAGAUGUUCGCGCCGGCGCACAUCAACCUGCACACUCUCGUGCCCAAACUCUGCCACGACUUAUCGAACCCGGAGCUGACAGUACGUCGGGCGGCGCUCUGCUGCCUCCGACAACUGUCUCAGAAGGAAGCUUUAGAAGUUUGUCGGUACGCGUUGCUCGCGAAAGAUCACGUGCCCGCCAAACCGUACUGUGGUGUAGUGAUAACGGACACCGGUCUGCCGGGAGCCCUGUUCGCGUUUCUGGACAUCGAGCGAGACGAGACCGCGCUGUCGUACGCUAAAGACACGCUGACUUGCUGCCUGUUGGCCGCUGCUUCCUCGAACACGAUCAGAGACUGGAUCGUUCUCGCCAAACGAGUACUCACUGUACGGCUGGAGGACAGCAACAACGCUGACACGGAUUUCGACGCGGAAGGCGACGACGACCAGGCGGAGUUCCACGCGGACACGGAUCAGUCGACACACCCGGCCGUGCAGUCCCGGUGGCCGACACGUGUUUUCGCAAUGGAGUGUAUACAGAAGAUAAUGGGCGCUUGUGAAUCAACCGGCGACAACGCACAUUUUGAUCUUGUCAAGGCAAAGGAGAAACAAAUCGCGGAACCUAAUAGUGACUAUUUAUCGUUCCAUCUGUCGGAUUUGGUUCGCAUGGCGUUCGUCGGCGCCACCGGUGAGUCUGACGCGCUGCGUCUCUGCGGUCUGCGCACGUUGCAGAUGAUCAUACAGCAGUACGCGCGGGCGCCCGAACCGGACUUCCCCGGACAUCUGCUGCUGGAACAGUACCAAGCUCAGGUGGGUGCGGCGGUGCGUCCCGCGUUCGCGGGCGACACGGCGUCGCACGUGACGGCGGCCGCGUGCGACGUGUGCUCCGCCUGGAUCGGCUGCGGGGUCGCCAGGGACAUCAACGACCUCAGGCGAGUUCACCAGCUGCUUGUCUCAAGUCUGGACAAACUGAACACUAAAGGCAACACCACACUCAUCUACAACGAGAGUAUGGCCACAUUGGAAAAGCUAUCCAUAUUGAAGGCCUGGGCCGAGGUAUACAUCGUGGCGAUGGUGAGCAACAACAGCGCUCCGGGCAGCUACGUGAAGCAACUCGACAGCAAACCCUCGAACAAUGGAGCUGAACUGGCCAAAUGGCGCAACCAAGUAUUGCGGGACAACAACGAGAUUGACAACGCCGGGCCCGGUAGCGCCGAAGACGACGAGUACGGCGAAUUCGAAUCUAAAGGCGAGAGUCUACUGAGGCUGGUCGAACCGCAACUGGAGAGCUUGGGCGAGAAUUGGAUCGCGGCUUUAAAGGAUCAUGCGCUACUCAGUCUGCCGUCUGAGUUCGCGUCGCAGCUCCCGCACGGCGGCGGCGCGUUCUACUCGGCGGAGACGGCGGAGGCGUCGCGCGCGCACUACGGGCACGCCUGGCCCUCCCUGCUCUACGCGGCGUCCCUACGGUUCAACGCAGACAUCGACUAUGUACCGAAUAACGAAACUACUAAUGAAUCGGAACCAAACACAGAUAACAAGUCUUCGAGAACAGAAAAUGGAAACUUUGAAUUCUUCGAACCGGUCGAUGAGAGAUUCCAUCUUUUAUUUGGUAUAUGCAUGGAGGCGUUAUGCGCUCAACGCGACAUGAGCGAGGAAAAUACGAUAUCUGUUUUGCUCUCGCUGGUCACCCUACUCGACGCUCCCGACAACCGAGCCAGGCUACUCAGAGACAAAGCAUUAGCUAUCGAGCUGUGUCAGAUAAUACAUCGCACGGCUCUAACUCAACCCAGUAUAGAGGCGUUGUUACUAUCCGCUGACGUUCUACGUUUGGUGAUCGAUGCGGCCAGAGAACAGUUGCAUGCUAAUAUGCAAGCUAAAAUUAAAGAACUGGCACCUAACGAAGCGUCAGACGGGUCGAUCCCCCAAUCAGUUCUCGAGGUGGUCCACACGUUAGGAGAAGGAGGUCCUACAGGGGACCUUCCGCCGGGAAAGUCUUUAGUGUUCGCUUGUCUGGAGGUCUGCGUCUGCUUACUAGUGCGGCGCCUGCCCUCCUUGAGUCCGGUGAGGCAGGAAGGCAAGGUCGGGGUCAUAGGAGUGCCCAAAGGACUUGGAAUACAUGGCGAUACGUUGUUGGUCAAAAGCUUGGCUGCCAUGUCCGAGUUGCUGUCUUUGACUAGUCCCCAGGGUGCGCUCUCAAUAUUACCGACGAUACUGUACCUAUCGACCGAGGUGCUGCAAGAGAGCAAAGACUCGCCGACGGUGGCGGACGCGGGCGUGCUGCUGCUGCAGCGCGCGGCCGAGUGCCGGGCGGUGCGCGUGCACGACCACACGCGCGAGCAGCACGACAAGCUGCUGCAGAGCACGCUCGCCAAACUAGUCGAGCGAGUCAAGAGCGAUGAUAAAGAAUGUCGUUUGGACAGCAUUACGGGUGCACGCGGUAUGGCCGUCGUGUUGAAUGCGGCCGAACCGAUACCCGCUCUCCAUUAUCCUUGCAUCAAUCAUUUCAGACAAUGUCUCGAUACCGACGAUCACGAGCGGUUCGCGUCGUGUUGCGCGGUGGUGCGCAGCGUGUGGGGCGGGGGCGCGGAGGCGCGGCGCGUGUCGUGGUGGGCGCGUGCGCUGGCGGCGCGGCUGGUGGCGCGCGCACACGCCGCCCGCCGCCCCGCGCACGCGCCGCACGCUCGCGCCGCGCUCGCCGCCCUGCACGCGCUCGACGACCUGGUGCGGGCCGCGCCGCCUCAACCGCAAGAUGGAACGAAAGGAAUUCAACUACUCUGGUUACUGGUGCCGAUAGUGAUUUCGUAUCUACGGGAAGGGAACGAACUGAGCCAAGCCCCGCCCCACGUUCGUACGCUGCACGACUUCGCCCUGCAAUGGCUGACGAAGAUCGGACCUAAAUAUCCACAGGAAUUCAAAACGAUGAUGCAACAGUCUUCGGAGCUGCGCAACAAGUUAGAGAGUGCCCUGAAGUCGAGCCAGAGCGGGAAUCGUUCGGGCCGCCCGACGCAACACCAGAGGCCCGUGUUCGACGCGAAGCCGACUAAACCUACUAUACAACUUAAAACGGACUUCAGCGAUUUCAGAUAAACGUUCGCGACUCGAAUGAUUCAAAACGUCUUCUAUUAGCUGGUAAUAUGAUCACUUUUUACUGAGGACCUCUUGUGAGUUCGCACGGGUAGGUACCACCGCCCUGCCUAUUUCUGCCGUGAAGCAGUAAUGCGUUUCGGUCUGAAGGGCGGGGCAGCCGUUG